AGGAUUCCCGGAACAAAGAAAUGGUGCAYGGCAGCGGUGAUUGAAAUCGCACACCGGACACCGCAACCAAUCGAUCUUUCCGCCAGCAAGCCGGCCGGUCGGUCGUUCCCCCUGCUUCCUUCCGGAAAGGCCCACGGAUGAAGAWCCACUCCCACCACCUGCGCUCGAUGGCGAGGAACAYCGGUCGCCACCAUUGCAUCYKCCGCCUCCAGCCGCGGCGGCCUCUCGCAARKGCAUCGGAAGCGGAAAGGGAUCCGCACCGGGGGACGGUUCCUUCCCGGGSCCCGUUGAAGCAGCGGUGGCUCCCCCCGCCAAAAGGCCCGCGCCAUUGUUCCGCUCCGGCGUUCCUUCCGUCGGUGCUCUUCUUCUCGUCGGAAGCCGGUGUUGGCGCCGGGGAAGCCACCUUCCCCCGGAGCUGGAACGACCGCGUGGGGGACUUUCUGGAGGGCACCGUUGCAUCCCCAAGCGCGCCUGCUUCUGCUGCUGCUUCUGCUGGCGGUGGGAGCGAAAGCGAAAGCAAAAGCAAAAGCAAAAGCAACAGCGAAUCCCCGGGGCAAUCGCAACCGCAAGCGCAUCCGCGUCUGACCCCUUCCGCGGCCGCCGAAACGAUUCAGGCAUUGCUGGAAGACCUGCUCCGGAUCACCGCCGCGGCUUCCGGAAUAYCCCACGAYGCGGGCCRCGGRGAUCCUUCCGAACCCCACGACUUCGGGGGUUUGGCCGAGACAGAACCCAGCGGGGGAGGCGACCGGGGGCAGUACCUCGAUUGGAGGACCACGGAGUGUUUGCUGCCGCCGCAAAAUGCCACUCCGGAAGGCAACCGCCCGGARGACGAGACGAUCGACGUGGGCUUGGCCUUUGCACUGAUGGACCGCAUUCUGGCCCUGGAACGGGACGAGGACUCGGCGCUUCUCAACCAUACCGUACAGUGGACCGCCCACACGGGCUGCCUCAAUCCCGUUCUCCAGCUCUGGAAGCAGGCCUAUAGCCCGGGCGGCUCCAGGUCCAAUGCGGUUGGUGCCGGCGGUGCAACCCCUUCGGCGGAAAGCAGCGGCAGCAAAACACCGACUCCCCCAGAGGUUCUCGCCAAGCUGGAUGCCUACCGACAGCACUCCAACGUCUUGGUUCCCGAUGUCCAAUCGUACAACACCAUCCUGGACGCCGUCGCUACCCACAACUACAACCCCAACGGCACCAAGUUUGCUGCCAACCGAAGAAACAGGUUCUCGAACGCGGAAAAACACCGGGAAAGAACCAAGACGGCCUCCGUCCCCGUCGAUCUCGGCUUUUGCCAAUCGCUCUGGAAAUGGAUGUGGAACGAGGCCGGCCGGGACUCGCUGGUCCGCCCCGACGAGGUCACCCUCCGGAUCAUGCUCAAGGCAAACGUCCUGACGGGACACCAACUGGCACCCAAGCGGUGCGAGGCACUGGUCGACGAAUGGGCAAACCACCAGGCCGGUCCGCAGAGCGGCAGCGUCCGAACCAACAACAACAACAACAGCACCAGCACCAGCACCAGCCCUUUAGAGGGGAACCACGAGGCCAGAAUCCACGAUCCCAGGGGAACCCUUCUGCAAUCACUGAUCCACGUGUGGGCCCUCCACGACCCACGGAUUGCCGAAUCCUACCUGAACGAGUUGGCGCGGCGGUACCUGCGGGGGGAAUCGUCGCUCCCGCCCGAUGCCAUAGCCUGGAACCGGGUGAUCUCGGCGUAUGCCAUUGCCCACGGCCAACCGGAAAAGGGSCUGGAAGUCCUGGAAGAGUUUUGGAGCUUUUACCGAACGGCCCACGGCCUCGACAGCGGUGCAGCCCUUGCGAGCARCCCAAACGCAGACGCACCGGAUUCCCCCGGCGACGCCGCUGAUUCCAAAACCAUCAACACMAAAUCAAACAGCCUGAAACUGCUGAACGCCACCGUGGUAGCCAGAAAGAAGGAGGAGUGGGGCCCCGCCGGGGUGGCAUCCCUGGGCAUUGACGGCGCUCGCCGGAAGGUCCAGCAGCCGAGCCUGGGAGCCUACAAUGCCCUCCUGGAGGGGUUUGCCCGCCAACACAAUGCCUCYCGGGCAAACAAGAUCUUGGAGCAGUUGCAGGGUGCUGCUUCCGUGUCGCCGAACAUUGCUACCUACACAUCGGCGAUCAAGGCCAACGGAAGCGACCUACAAAAAGCCAAGGCCCUCGCAGACGAAUGCCUCGCUGCCUACAAGACGCAAGAGCGGGAGCGGGAGGAGGCAUCGGAGGAACUUCAAGAAGACCGACCAGAGGAGCUACGGCUGGAUCGCCCCUUUUUCCAUGCCUGGCUCGGUGCCUGCGCAGCGGCACAAGACAUCGGGGAAGCCAGGAAGGUUCUCCACAARAUGAAAUCCCUGGGAUUCGCACCGAACGCUACAACGUAUCGCAUGCUGAUCGAUGUCUUCUUGGCUCGGGGAGAUUCCCAGGGAGCCAUCGAAUGGUUGCUUGCAUACGCAAAACUAGAGGGGAUGAGCGAAAGUGCCAUUGUAUCGUGCACCACCACUCUGCUAGACUGGUACCAGCACCAACACCAAGAAAACAAGGACGGCGGCGGAGAUGUCGAUUCCAUGGUUCUGCUCCAAAUUCUGUGCGAAAGCGACUUUGUCACGCAAGAAGAAUCCUUGCAGCAACUCUUGUUGGGUAUUUCGGCGGACCAGGGAACGGCCGUCAUGGGAUGGCUGAGAGAAAAAAAGGACCGGGUCAGUCUGAAAAUGUGGGCAAUUGUCAUGCGAGCACUGGCGCAAGAGGCAUCGGAAGCUCGAGACGCAGAAGAUUUCUUUCUGCUGUUGCAAAAGGAGCCGGUGUGGAAAGACAAAUUCGAUCCGUCCAGCCCUUUGGUCUUUGGAGACGAAGAGGAAAAACUCAUCGUAGAAAUGUAUAGCAGCAUAAUCGUUGCGUGGUGCAAGCACAGACAGAUCAACAAACGGGUGAAACAACGAAUCCGGUACUGGACGGAAGAACUGGAAAAGCUCCGAGAUGGCGCGCUGUUUCCCAACCUUGCCGCGCAAGUAGCCCUCAUUGCCAUGUACUGCAAGACCGGGGAUCCUCUCAGCGCCGAGAAAUACGUGAAGGGACUGUAUGCAGCGCACGAAGAAGGGAGGCUUGCGUCUCCGCCCGACACGAUCACGUGCAACAUGGUUUUGAACGCAUGGGCCCAGAAAGGCAAUGGAUUGCGAGCGGAAGCAUUCUUUGGGGAUCGCGUGAGCGACCCCGACGCAGUGUCCUACAAUACCGUGGUCAACGCUUACGCUCGCCAGGGACAGCUGGACAAGGCAGAGGAAUGGGCCUGCAAGCUCGUUGCCUCCUUUCUCGAGCAUCCCGUGGAAUCGAGGAGGCCCCAGCAAGCCACCUUUACGGUUCUCUUGGCAGCCUGGAGGCGCUCGMRGCACCCCCAAGCGGCGGAGCGAGCAGAAAAGAUACUGGCACAAAUGAACCAACUCUACGACAGCGAUGUAUUGCUCGGGAAGCCCAACGCAAAGUCCUACCAAACGGUGCUAGAUGCAUGGGGGAAAUCACGCCGACGGGACGCCGCUCAAAAUGCGGAGAAGCUGGUAUUGUCGUCCGAUUACAAAACCAACAAAAAGCUUCUAAAAAAAAUCAGUGACAUUAAAUCUCGACAGAGGAAACUACAACGGAAAGGCCAGAARAKAACAGAUUCUGUGGAUGUGCCACACAAAUAGGUUCCUCUGCUUGGCCGUGUCCCAAAAUGGAUU